AGCAUGGCAGAACUAUUACAUGCAUUUAGUUGUGAAGAUAAAGUUGCAAUAAAAACGGAUGUUUUAGUGACUAAGUAAUUUCUCUUUGUCUAAAUUAAAUACGGUAUUCGGGAUUAUUUAAAUUUUUUAUUCGUUAUAUUAAAGGAUUUUAAUCGCGGUAUUAUUUAUAAUAUAGUGUAGUGCGAGUGUUAGAUUUAGAUCGGUAAAAAAAUCACAAUUAUUGUUAAUACGUAAUUAACCCUAAUUUUCAUGAAACAAUUUUGUAUUAUUACGAAUGGACGCGAGUAAUUGUUCAUGGUUCGAGGGUAAGUUCAAGAAUGGCUAGCGAUUUGUCGAGUGAGUGUACGGAAACAGUUGGUGUGUUAGAUGAGAAAGAAGAAGGUGAGAUAUCCUUGGAAGAUGUAAGUUCUUCCGAGGAAGGACAUUUAAAUUACGGAUAUGGCACUAAAAUUUCUCAUUGUUCAAAUUUUCUGUCGACUCAACAAAAUGCAACGUGCUGUACGGCUCCUGCCAAGUUUUAUCCUUCCAAGGGUUCUAAUAGAAGAGAAGUUGACCUUAUUCUACAAGAUGCAGUCCAGGGCAAAGAAAAUCUUCAUCAAAUGAAAGAAUCAGGAUGCAUUGGAACAAAACAUACAGCUUCUACACUUCAAGAAAAAAAUGACGACCUUGUGCCUAUUUCAAGUGACAGUGAUAUGGAAAUUGUUGGUCUUGCAGAUAAUUCUAAACAAAUUAUGAUACGUUCUCCUUCCAAAAACAGAAAGAAAAAAAAGAAGAAAAAGAAAAGAAAUCGUAUACUUUCAUUGGAUAAUCUAGAUUCUUCGGCUACUGCAGAUGUAUCUAAGAAAGAAUGCGCUAGUAUAGUAAAAGAUGAUACGACAAAAAAUACUUCUAGGUCACAUCACAGAGAAAUGAGUCCUAUUCAUAGAAGAAGUAGAUCAAGAAUAAUUCUAAGAUCACCACCCAAAAGACAUAGAUCUCUUAUAAAAACAAGAUCUCCUUUUAGAAGAUCAAAAUCGCCAAUUACUCGUACUAGAUCACCAGUGACAAGGAGGUCUCCAAGAAGACUUAAAUCUCCUAAAAGAUCACCAUACAGAUCUUCAACAAAGACAAUGCCUCGGAAAACGUCACAUAUUGACUUAAAAUCAUCCCAUAAUUAUACUGAUACUACACAUAAAUUACUAAAAAAAGUCAGAAAAUUAGAUUCAAUGGGAACUCAUUCAUUAGAAGAAACUUUAAAUAAAAAUAAAGAGCAUGCAUCUUCAUUAAAAGAGAAGUUAACAAAUAUGAUGAAAAGUGCUUCUAACAAUAAUACUGAUUUGACAAAUUCUUCAAAAGGAAAAUCUAUAAAGGAUAUAAAUAAAAAGGAAUCUAAUGAUGCAGAUGAUGAAGAAGAUUUGGCAUUAUUAAGGCAGAAAGCUCUUGAAACAAAACAAAAUAAAUCAAAUAAACAAAAUGAACAGCUAAAGACUGAAACUAUAAAACAUGUGAGUGCAAAUAUGAAUGAUGAUCAAGAUGAAGAAGAUUUGGAAUUAAGAAUGAUUGCACUUCGUUCUGCUGUAUUAAAAAAACAUCAGAAUAGAAUUCAAAAGGGAAUUCAAUUGGGGAAGUCUAAGAAAUCUAAUAGCUUUCGUAGUGAAAGUCCAUUUACUCAAAGCUUUUUAGAUAGCAUUCCUAUACCUGGAGAGGAAAAUUCUGCAUCACCACCUCAUACUCCAUUCCCUGUAAAUGAAAGUGAUCAUACAGAGGAUAUGGAAUUAGAUACAUAUGUUGAAAAAGAAAAAGAAAAAUUACCAUAUUCUCCAACAGACAAAAUUACUGCCAAUAUAUCUGUGGAUACAGAAUUGUUGGGUAUUCAACCAUCUGAUGUAUCGUGCAUCUCUCUUAAUGGAGCAAAUAAUAGUGCAAAUUUUAAUACAUCUAUAACAAGUAAUCAGGAUGAUCAAAAAUCUUAUCAGGAGAAAAUUGUUGAAAAUCGAAGUUUUUUGCCAAAUAUUGCAUAUUAUGCACAAUCACAAAAUCCAUUAUGUGCUACAAAUGCAAAUAUACAAUAUUCAUCAACUGACUUAACAGAAACUUUUAAAUCAGAUUUUAUGAAAGUACAUCAUUCUCAUUUAAAUGUAUCUUCUUAUGAAAAUACAUGUGCUACUGUUAAAAGCAAUCAUACUUCUGAAGUUUUAGAUAUUAAUUCGAUCCAAGAAAUGCCUUAUUCUCCAACUGACACUCCUGUAUAUGAUCCUGAUUUAUCACAUGCUCUUCCACAAGCUCUUGGUCCACUAACUAUCUCAAAUUCUUCCUUAGUUUCUUUAGAAUCAUAUAUUUCUAAUACAUGUGGAAAUAAUGAACAAUAUAAUAAUGUAUCAACAAAUCAACAUACACAAAGUACAAAACAAGUAGACAAUGUAAAUGAAGAUGAACAAUUAAGUAAAGCAGAAACAUUUUCAUUGGAUCCAAUUCUUAGGUCUAAUACAAGUUAUCUUAUGGAAUCAAUAUCUCCUAGUAGUUCAAUGAUAACAAUUGAUGAUCUUCCUGAAACUGAAGCAGAUGUAAAUCUAUUAACUGAUACUUUCAAAAACAUAAAAACUUCAGAGUACAUUCCAGAUAUAUCAAAUAAUGUUAAAGACAAAAUAUCAGAACCGCUUUAUAUGAAGGGAUUACCAGAUGUUACCAAAGAUACAAAUAAAAUACCAACAUUAAUUAAUAGAACACUAGUUCCAGCACCAAUUUUGAAAACAAACAAACAAUUGCAACUGCCACUACCAACUAGAAAGAAUGCAUUACAACAAGAACCUACAUUCAAAAGUGCAGAAAUGCAGCCAGUUGUUAUUAAUAAAGAAAGUAGUACAAAGAUAAAUGCUUCCUUUAAACCUAUAAAAUUAAUGUCCUUUUCACAAAAGUCACAUUCUAUUUUAACUAUACCAACUGCAUUUCAUGAAGAUGUAACUAAUGAAAUAUCUACAGAUAAAUCAUCUCAUAUCUCACUAGUAGAAAGUAAUCCCAGUGCAACUCUGGCACAAAAUAAUAUAAUUACAAGCCCAAAUAAUACAGGUGAUAUUAAAAUUCUAACACAAAAGAAAAAGAAACUGCUUAAAAGGGGAUUAAAAAGAAAAAGUGCUGCAUCAUUAAUUGCAAAAAAACACAAUACAUUAUGUACAAACGAUGAUAAUGUAAAUACUGUAGAUAAGCAAAUAUGUAAAUCAGAUCAAGUUCUUUAUGCAGAUAAUAAACAAAAUCAAAAAGAAACGCAGACACGAAUGGACGAGACAGAUUGUGUCCAUAUAUGUACGUCAGAAAUGUCCAAAAAUAUUGAUGAUAAACUAAAUAAAAUUUCUUUAGAAACUAAUGAAGAUAAAAUACAGAGAAGUAAUAAUUCAUCUAAUGAUCAUCAAACAUCAGCACAAGAAAAGAGUACAGAAAACAGAAGACAAAGUCUUGAUGAAGAUGAAGAUGCAUUAAGGGCAAUUUUAUUAGCUUCUUUGCCAAAACGAACAAAAAUCACUAACAGUUGUUCCAAUUCAGUUGCACUUACAACAACAAGUGCUACAUCUGCUGUAUCAAAUCAAACUGUAUCAAAUAUGGUAUUAUCUACAGUUAAUAAUUUACCAACUCCACAUAUAAAUUUAUGUGGUUCUGAAAACGAUAAAAAUCAAUCAAAUGCCGGAGAGAAAAUAUAUAAUGUUACACAGAAAAGUUUAUCUCUUGAAAGUAUUAAGGCUUCAAACACAGUAAUUGGAAGAAAAAGAUCAAUUCCUAUAACAAAAAGUCCACAGAAGAAAUUUAUAAAAAGAAUUUCAAUUCCUGCAAGUACAAAAGUUGUAAAUAAUGCGAAAAAAUACCAAAAUACAAUGAUUCAAAAGAGAUUAAAUUUACAAAGAGCUACAAUUUAUAACAAGCAAAAAAUUGCAGAAAAUGAAGUUCUGUCUAAAAUGAAAUCUAAUGACAGUAAAUGGUCUGCUAAUACAAAGGCAUUGUCCGAUACACAAAGGAUUGUUAUAAAUUUAGAGUCUGAUACAGAAAGUGAUUCUGAAUCUGAAUGGCAAAAGAGUACAGCUGCUUCUUCAGCACAUACUGUCACAAUAGAAAAACAUCAACCAGCAAUAAAUCCUACAGCAGAGUUUGAAAAAAAUUUAGAUCAAUUUUUACGUGCAGUACGGAAAAAACAAGAAUCUAUGGCAGCUGCAAGACCAACUGUAAUAUCACAAACAUCUAAGAAAGAUGCAGUAUUAGUAACAAAACCAGAAAAAUCAAAUUCAUCCAAUCUACAAACACCACUGGCUGUUCGUCAUUUACCUGCAUCUCAGCAAGAGGAAUAUCGACGGUUAAAACAACAAAUUUUAGAACGCGAGAAGCUGAAGCUACAUAAAACAAUAGAAAACAACAGUUUAAUAAAAAAUAAAAAUAUGGAAGUAUCUUCAAAACCCAUAUCAUCCAAUAGCUCAAGUAAACAGUUAUAUGCGAAACUACAUUAUACAAUACCCUCAAAAAGUCAAAGUAUAAGUACACAACAAUUAAAUAAGGAAAAUUGCUCUAAAAAUUUAGCAGAUUCAGUAAAAAGUACCACUAUAUCAACGAGCAACAUUCAGUCAUGUAUCAGCAAAAUGUAUGAUGUUGAUAAACAAGAACAUACAGAUCCAACUCAAACAAAAGCACUAACAAAGUCAAUAAUAAAUAAUAUAUCUGUAUCUGCUGAAAGUAGUCCAAAUAAUAUUGGAAACAAAGCAGUUGGAAACAUGCAACCGACGAAUAUAUCGCGAAAGAGUCCAACGAAAACAAAAACUUCACCUAGCUUAAAAAUUUUAUCUACGGAUGAAGUAAAUCGAAAAUAUGUACAGGUACAAGUAAAAAAUGAUACAAACGAUCGAGUGGUAACAAUAAAUGAUAAAGUGACCUUAAAUAACGAAACAAUAAUCGAUCGAAGUGAAAAUAUUUCUGGAAAUAAAAAUAGCAGUAAUAAAAAUAUAUAUGAUAAUAAUAUAAAUCAACUUUCAUGUCCUACAAAGGAAGACAUUGUUUCUAAUAAUACUCCAUUUGGUAAUAACAAUACAGUGGACUCAGAUACAUCGACUAUUAUUUUAUCAAGAACACCUCAAAGUUGGAAUGAAAGUCUUAAUACAUCUGAAUCUACAAUAUAUCUUCCACAAUGUCAGGAUGAUACAUUAUUGACUUCAAGUACAAAAGAUAAAUAUGACAUCCAUUUUCUAUCGCCCAAAAACAAUAUAUCACCAAAAGAUAUAAGAAGCGUAGAAGAAAAUUGGGAAGAAAUUAAAAAAGAUGUCAAGACAGAGCUAAAUACUCUUAUUAAUCUUUCACGCGCGGAACAAGAACAACGUUUAAUAGAUACAGAACAAGAAUUAGUUAUGAAACGCUAUACAAUCUUAGAUGAUUUGGCGAAGAUGUCGCAAAAUCUUCGUCAGUGGCAUAUGGAAAGAGAUCUACAGACGAAUUUAGCGGCUGAAGUCAAAAAGCUCAGGGAACAGCUCAAAGUUGCUGAAGAAAGAUUACAAGUGCAACGUAAUCGUAUUAAUAAUAUAGGUCCAAAAGUAGUAGAAGCUCGCGGAAAAAUCAAUGCAGGUCGCCAAAAAUGCUAUAAACUCGCAAUUAUUUGUACAAACUUGGGAAAUAGAAUUGUAGGAAGAGAUUAUAAGAUACCUGAAGCUGGAGCACAACUUUUAGAUAAUAGAUUGAAAGAAGUAGCUAAUCACACGCGGCAACUUUCCCGGAAAAAAGUACCAUCUAUUGACAUUUCCGACAUAUACGAAUUAUCAAAAUUGGAAGAAACAACUGUGUCUAGUGCAUGUACAGAAAUUUGUCAAAGUGACACUCUGGAAGAAUCCAAUACAACAAUUUUAAACGAAAAUGAAUCUCCAAUAAAAUCUAAUGAAAUUAGAAAAACUGUACACAAAGAAGUUACUACAGUAAAUGUAAGUGAUACAGAUAAGAAAAAAAAUAUAGUAUUAAAUAAUUGUGCUCCAAGCAUUAAUGAAGAAAGUACACCUACACAAAACAACCAUGAACAAGAAGUAUCUACUGAACAAACAAACUUAAGUGAUAAUCCUGUUCCUACUACUGGUGUGCUUAACUCGCAAGAUGCUCAAAAGCUGGAUAAUGAGGUAGUGGUACCAGAAAAUAAUGUAAUAAGGUCUACAACUUUAGAAGCGGGCAGUAAAAGGAGGAAUGCUACGAGACUUGAAGGGGAACUUUCAACGAAAAAAACACUUUUACCUUAUGAAUCAAUAUUAACACACUUUAAGGUACCAAGGAACACGAAUCCCAAUGGCGUCCUUUGUCCAUACGAACUGAUGGGAACAUGCAGUGAUGGAGAUUGUCAAUUUAUUCAUCAAACAGGGAGCCAAACCAAGUAGCAUUUAGCUACCAAAAUGGCAUUGUUAAAAUAUACGUAAGGUGGUUUUAAUCUUUAUUCAUAAGAUUCAGAGGACAUUAAAAAAUAAAAAUCAAGAUUUUUAUUGAAAGUGAUCACACUUUAUUAUAAUCUAUUAACUUCUAAAUUCCAACAAUUUUUAUUAUGAGUAAAUGUUAUCACUUUACAAUUACAGAUACUACUAUUUCUGAGAAUGCAAAAUCCCACAUAGAUGGAAGCUGUUAACAAGCAGAAGUAACACCCGAAGAUGGUAAGUUAUCUUCAUCACGGCAAGAGUUUGUGCACAAAUUAAAGUAGCAAUUUUAUUAUAUAAGAUCAUAAAUUUUAAAAAAAGCAAAAUUUUUAAUACUGUGCUAUUUCAAGCUUCUAUUCUAACGAAAAUUUAAAGAAAAUUUGCUGCAAGUGUUUAUUUUUUACAUAUGUAAAAAGUGUCAUAUAUGAACUGCAAGUAACUAGUGUGAUUAAUGUAAAAGAGAAAGAAGAUAUUGUUGACCGAUUGUUGAAGGCAGCCGAAUGACUGGCCAACGUCGGGCAUUGCAACAAAUAUUCAUUUCAUACUUCUAUAUAAGUUACCUCAUAAAAGUCUUGUACCUGUAUAAUAAAAGAUUAAUAUUUUUUUCUAA